AUUAUUGAUUAGCAAAUCCCUUCACUAAACUGCACUGAAGUGGGUCCGGUGAUCCAUUUAUAGGCGGACUAGUUUGACAGAAACGCGCAUGUGCAAUACAAAAUCAAGGUGGGGCAAAACUUGAAUGUCUGACGGGGAAAAGGAGUGGGGCUGUGUGAAGUUGACGCUAAUUAUGGUCUGUAUCGGGGUAAUUUUACUGCGGUAGUUUGUACACAGCUGGGUUCUCACGUCUGUUUUCACUCCUGGUACGUUUUUCUCAGAGAAGCUUCGCGGACACCAAAGUCAGACAUUUGAAGAAAAGGAUCAAUAAUUGUAUAAAUAAGAGCACUUCCCCAGAUGAUGUUGACAGGAGACGGACUGAUAAGAGUCAGGCUUGUUUUUAUUGAGCUACUUUUGGACUGCUGAGGCUCCGUGUCACCUGAGGCACAUUUCACUUCCUCAUCGGGACUUGAUCUGUUGUUUUUGCGCUUCGACAUUAGACUGUCUUGUUUAUUUCGUGAAUGGGGAUUGUCUUCCUGUCACUGAUGAAAAGGGGUGCGGAACAGUGAAGGAAUCACCUGUUUUUGACGCAAUCUCUCGCUUUUUCAGCCUCUAACAGGUAAGUUUUAUCUGGUAAAUACAGCUUACACCUGAGCACUAAACUCAACUUUGGGCUUGAACCAUUGGCAGGAACAUUGUAGUCAAGAAUUCACCCCUACUUCUUGAUGUAAAAUGAGUGGAGCUCAGUGCAAUUUACACUGAAACUAUGAAGUAAAAAUAGCCUCCAUGAAAAUGUGAGAGGUAGACUCCUAAAACCUCCUUCCUCAAACUUUUGCCACUUCCUUUUGCUUCUGGGGUGCAGCAGUUGCAUCAUGCAGCUCUCUCUUAUUCUCCGUCCCAACAUGGUGGAUUAAAGUAUUGACAGAGAUGAUCAUGAUAUUCAUCUGAGACAGAACACAGUGCAUGCACCAAACCUGUCAGAGCCUUGAAUGUAUGAGUCUUUGCACUUACAGAAACGUGUGAAGAUCAGUGUGAAACGCAUCUCAAUUUGGUAGCCUCCUUUCUUUUUUUCAUUUGCAGCCCUUUAAUGCCUGACACCACCAAUUAUGGACAGAAAAUUCACAUUUUUUUGGAGCUGUAAUGUUUAUUUCACUUCUUACUAAAAACCCCAAAAAUCAAAAUAUCCUUAAAAUUUAACAAAUAUAUUUAUUUAUCUCGUUUGAUACUACAAGAGGACAUUUUUUAUCAUUUAUCUGACUGUAUUCAGGUGUUUUAUUGUAAUUUGUUGAUCAUAUUGGUUUGAUAGAAGUAUCAAAUAAAUGCAUUAAAGGGUUAAACAUGAAAACCCUGAAAAAGCAACCAAUGCACUGGAAUAAAGUGAAAUAGACCUAUCAAAUACAUUCUGCAGCCAGUCUGGUGCUGCCUCGGCUUCAGAGCUUGGUUCAUAGCGGAUUAUUUUGGUCCAGUGUGGCAGAACUAUUAUGAGGGAUAAAGCUGGUGAGACAAGAUGACAAGAGUUCAUGAAAACAGAGCAAACACAGCUGCUGCUGUUCUGUCAUGUACGGAGCGUGGUGGCUGCAUCAGCAGAGCAACUUUGCACUGCAUGAAUAUGCUUAGCAUUUCAACAAGGAAGUAUUCAUCCUCCGCUCAUGCACGACUGCGUUGCCUUGCUUAUUAUUGAUCUCUUUGUUUAUUGAUGGGUCUGCUUUGUGAAAUCAUAAACUCUCCAAAGUGUCACAAGUGUCACCUCUGUGUUGAACUUUGAAGGUGAAUUCAGUGGGAUUUUCCCCUGACUGACAGGAAUUUCUUCCCUCUUCCUGUUACUCUGAAACGUCUUUGUUUUUCAGCAUUAGGUUUUGUGUGUAUUUAUGAUGGCGAGAGGAUGAUAUACCUGAUGUAUAUGCUGUCAUUUGUUUUAAUGACACCAAUAUUGAGUCUGACAGGCAAAGCUGACAGCCAUUAAAGUGGUACAAUGAUAGCUUGUGCUGCAGAGUUCACCCCUGCACAUGUACUUCCGCUCUCUUGCAGGCAGCGGUUUCACUGAGCAUUGCUACUGCAGAGUCCAGCUGUUUGCCCAGAGGCAGAGGUGAUUUCCUCUUUUAAGGCUCCUCAAGAACACCUGCAGGCUGUCAGACUCGACUGGCUGAGCUGCUGGCAUGUGCUCUGUCUUCUAUUUGUGCACUUCACACUCCCUUGUCUGUUUGUUUGUUAACCUGCCAGAUUGAAGCUCAGUGGACCUUGAUAGAUAUACUUGUUCUCUUUAUACGCUUUGUUCUGCCAGCCUGGUGAACAUGCUGCUAUGUGAUGAUAACAGGGCAGCAGCAUCAAAGCAGCUUGAGCGGAUCUAGGGCAGGAUGGUCAGCGUGAAGGGUAGAUCACCCAGAACCCCCUGCUGCUCAGAGGCAUGAAGAGGAAGGAUGCAGAAGCACGUUUGAACAGCACUGACAUGCCGCUCACUGUGACACUCUUACUACGGAAUAUGGUGAAAUAUUCAGAUCCGCCACUCGUGUAAUAUGAAUGAAAGACUAUCUAAUGCAAGUAAUUUUCUGCAUUCAACAUAACAAGUCAGUAAAGUUACAGAAGUAUUAUUUGUAAAGACAACUAUAUAUAUUUUUGAAGAUUUAAGCAUCAAAUGGGAAAUGUUUUUUCUGGUAUAUUAUAAUAUUACAGUUAAAGCUCUUGUCAGGAGUUUUAAGUUGGUGGUGAAACAGACUAAAAUUGAUAAAAAUGUUACUCUAAGAGCAAACAAGACCAUCCACAUAAAGAAGAGCAAUUUCUAGAUAUUGUCAUGGGGUUAGGUGUCGGCUGAUGUGAUGAAUUUCACACCGUGAAAAUGGCAAUUUUUUUUGGAUAAGUUACACAUUUGAGCAUCAAAAUACAACCAAAUCCAUGACCUACAUUCACAGGACAAAAUCAAUAAAUUAGCUGAAAAUACUAAAUAAAUUAGAGGUACAGCUUUGUCUAUUCACAAACAAAAGUUCUUCACAGGCGCUUUAACGUAAUGAAUUUAAAGGUGCUAUAAGGAAUUUUUGCUGGUCAUGAAAUUUACAUUAACAAAAAAAUAUGAGUAACUAAACAGAUCAUUUCUAUGUUGGAGUUUCUAUGCCUGUUACUAUUGCCUCAGGGUGGGUGUCAAAUGAGAUAAUGUGCAGCACACUGACGAAAAAGCUCGAAGUAUAUUUUACAUUUUCACUGCAAACACUUAAAACAAACAAUAUAUUUGAUGUUUUACAGAAAUCGGGAUUAGAUUGUUGUCAGAAAACACCACCUACCCUUGUGCAGGACAAGAAAAGUCAAGAAAUUAGACGCACUUAUUGUUUUGUCUACAGGAUGUGCCAGAAUAAUUCAAUUAAUAUCAUAAAAUAAAGAGAGUAGGAGCAUUAGAAAUGAUUCUCACACAUACAGUACAUUUUACUUUUGAUUGUUUUUAACUUUAAUUUCUUAUUGGUGAAAUAUCAAAGUGUGUGAAAGUGAAAAUAAAUACCAUAAAUUAAAGGUGCAGUGUGUAAAAUUUAGCAAAGACGACUUGGUAGAAAUGGAAAAUAAUGUUUGAGAGGAUGUUUUAAUUCAUGUCUCAUCACCUGAGAGUAAAAUUGGUUCAAAAUUUUUCCUUGAAAUGAACCUUUUUUAACAACAGAAAGGGUACGUCCCCUUCUUGCACUGCCAUAUUUGUACAGUGGUACAGAAUGGACAAAAUGCACCUGUUGGAAAAAGAAGAAGAACGUGGUUGUUAUUGAGUGAAAAAUAAUUUGUAUUGAUGGACAUUUUUUAAGUGCACACUUAAAAAACAUGGCAGGAGCCUCUUAAACUCAAAAGGCCAUGAUUGCUUUCUCCAUGGGAAGGGUGAGCAAGGAAGCACCUCAGUCUGACUGCUAGAUAUCACUAAGUAUUCUCUUUUCUACAUAUUAUAUCAUAGACAUGCAAACUUCCUCAAGUAUUACUAGUACAAUGUAGUACAGGAUAUCAAAACUUGUCAUUUAAAGAAGGCAUCAUGUCUUUUUGAAAAGUUUUAAGAUGUCCAGCUAUUGAAAUCCAAAAGGCAGGAGGUUUGUUGGUUUAGCUUUUUAUAGUUUCAGGAAUGCAAAGAAACAUUUAACUGAAUAUUAUUGGUACAACAGUAAAAUACUGUUUAAAUUAACCUCUUCUUUCAGCAGUUAUUCAAAAGAAACUGUCUGAAAUGUCAAGAGGAGAAAUAUCUCGUUCUUUGAGGUGAUAUCAGCUCAGACAUCUAGUAUGUGACGUGAAAGCCCAAGCAGGAAGACUGUUUCUCUUUAAAGCCUGAAAAUGUCAGAGUUACUGAUACUCUUCAUAAAGUUGUUCUACUUAUCAAUGUGGAAAUUUUACCCACUUAUUGUGGAUAUCUAUUUGAAACAUGCCACGUUAUUCGAUAAGAUGUUGUUGCCAAGAUUUGUGCAUGAUGCAUUUGGGUGACAGGUUUUCUAAUCGGCACACAGAACCUCCAGGCCUCCUCUCUUCGCUGCAUCAUAGCAGAUUUUGCAACAGCAGACGUGAUCGGUGGUUUCACCUCAGAUCUUGUCUGCAGGAAUAGGAGGGAGUGGCAGAUCCAAACAAGGCUGGAGAAGAUAUUUCUACAUUCCUGUCCUGUCUUGCUUUGUGUAGUCAGACUGCCCCUCAUUUUUACAGUUCAGACUACGACUGACUUUCAUCACAUAAGAGACAAAUGUUGAUAAACUGGUUUGAACAAUGAGAUUGUUGUGGGUGCUGAUAAUUAUAUUGAAUUAGUUUCUUUAAUCGUCUUAUCUCAUCAAGCUUUGUUUGCAUGAAUAUAACACCUCUCUAAAUAGCGAUAGAGUGUGAUGUGCUGUCUAGAUUCUAUUUCAGUUGUUUCUGACUGAGUUUGGUGAUUUCCUUUGGCAGUUAGUUACUCAUAUCAUCACUUCUGUAACAGACUAUCUCUAAAUUAGAUGUUUCUUCAUCAUGGAAUUGAUUUGUCAGGAUGAGGGUUUUAAUAAUUAAAAUAACAGAGGAGUAGACAUGAACUGAUUGUAUUCCCAGAAUAAACUGUGAAGUACAAGUCAGAUCUACAGACCUAAAAAUAUGAAGCAUCGCUGACCUCAGGGCUUCUCACUGGACAGACUGAUAAUGGACUUCUCAAUGAGACAGGGGUCAGGAGAAACUCCUCCAGCUCACAAUAACAGCCUUGUCUUUCUCCUGAAAAGAGCAGGCUGUGCCUCCAUGUAGAGCUCUCUGGAAACAGCAAUGUGACACCACCAGAGACCGAGUUCAGUACCAUUCAGUCAGCAGCUGGUGGCCUGCUGCUGAGAUACAUUCACUGCCUGGAAAAGAGAAAAGUUAAAAAGAGCUGUUGCACGUCAGCCCUGAGUCUGUUGCUUCAUUCUGCUCUUGAUGAGAUCACUUUUCUCAUUCACCAAAGACUUUGUGGAGAAAUGCAGUUCUCUGUUUCUACAGAAAACCGCCAUGAUAUCCUGCUUCUACUUAAAUUCAGAUUAGGGUUGCAUUUUGAAGAUGUGAUGCGUUCGCGGUGUGAAAGCCAAGUGGAUUAAUUAAUAGAGUGGGGGCGUAAAAUGUCAUAAACCGCAGUGGAUUGGGGGUCAGCGUCUGUGUAACCAUGGUAACAUGUCAUACUCUUGCUCUCAUCAGGGUUUGCCUUUUUUCUUCUGUGCUGAUUCAUUCGUCUCACAUGAAGAAAAAAAGUACUCAGCGGUUUGCUGCCUCACCUGUUUCUCACACAUGAACAUCAAAGUAAAAGCAGAAAUUUGGAGCUGCUCCAUAUUUAAUGCGGUUAAUAAACCAGUUAAAGGGGGAAGAUUUCCAUCUUCAGUUCUGACUAAUAGAUGACCAUCUUCGUCUGCUAUUCUUUUUCGUCUUCACUAGUUUUUGUUUGAGACAGACGAGCGAGCGGCUCUUUAAUUUGUCUGUCCAAGUGCUGCGUGAACAUGAACCCAACCAAACCAAACUAAACUAAACCAAACCAAACCACAUAGAAGUGUGACAGUGUUGCCACUAGAUCAUCAUGAGAGAAAUCCACCCAAGAAAAUUAUUGAUGUGUGUCUUCAUUUUCUACUUUGACCCCUGCUCAACACAGAAAAAGGUGCGGUUUAUGACCUUUACUGCAGGCAAUCAGCAGUGGGAGCUCCAAAGAACUUUCUCUGCAAAGUAACUUGUAACAAAAAGUAGCAGCCAACUGCGGAGUAAAGAGUAAGCUAGAAGUGAAUAAAAAAGACAUUGGUAACCCAGAACUUGAGGUGUUUUAUAUGCGUCACAAGAUGCACCUGAGGGUAUGAGUAUGAAAAGAAAAGAUGCAUUUCUUUCUUGGAGAUUUUGAUUUGUUUUAAUUUCAGAUGAGUGAUUCACGUCUCAAAGAGCUUCUGUCAUGGUGGGAAAUGUAAGUGCAGCAGAAAAGAUACACCGAGAUGUACAGAGGAAGAAUGAGGGUGGGAAAUGUGUCCCUCAAAUACAGAAAGACAGCUGCGAUGCUCCACAGGGGACAACAUCCACCACAUCCUCAUCACAGGAGCGAUGACAGUCCUCUUCUGGGACUGUGAGAGUUUUUCGUUUCACAUUGGGUGUCUGGGAAGAGGGCGGUUAUUCAUUCUGAUAUGCAAUAUUUUCUAAAUGGAGGAGACAUACUCAUUAAAAGAGGCUUAAAGACGGAUAACAGCGAAGGAUCUGUUGUAAGUUUGAUGUUCUUAGAUUCCCGCCCUCAGACUGGUUUAUGUAAAACCUGAGUUUCAUACAGGAAGGAGAGCAGAGCAAUAACUCCUGUCAGAGGAUGUGAUCUCAUGUCAAAUAACAGAUGUAUCAAAGCCGAGAUUUUCCUGAGUCCCACCACUUCUUCAUGGGAACUGAUGCCGGAAGAGAGGGGGAGAGGAAGUGGCGUUUUGUGAAGAAGCGAGUUUAGGGGUUUCUUUGAGGAUGACUUUAACCAUAGGUCAUUAAUUUACUGUAACGCCUCUGCCUGGGUUGUUGUCAGUGGAUCAUGGAAACACUGUGUGUGGGUGACUAAGGCCUUAGGUUGCUGUCACACUGGCUGCUUUAUUGACGUAAAGAGACACUGGGCUGGAUGAGUCCCUCAGGCCUGGUCAGAUCUCACCACAAGUUUGCAUUCCAGGGUUGAGGAGAGCUAUCUUGAUUCCUACGAGGCUCCAUGUUGUGGGACAAAGUGGGAGACGCAGAGUUUGUCCAUUUUUGGUCAAAGAGAACUGCGCUAACAUAUUCAAUACAUAGGAGUUUGAGCCCUUUUGUUUAAGAGAGAAAAUAAAACUCCAUGCUGGGUUUUAUAGCAGAGUUCUGGAUCUUUCCUUGGUCUGAAGUCUUUUUUUCGUGUUAAAACUGUUACCCUGCGUCAUGGAAACAUUGGUCUUCGGUUGUGAAAGUAGUAUUCAAAAAAGAAAACUUGUUAGUUCUGCUUUCUGUAUCACUGUGUUAUUUUUGCCGACACUGACGGCUGUGAAGUGACUCGUCUGCCGUAUGCUGACUUGUAUGCUGUGAAUUAGGGUUUUACUCUGCAUAGCAAAACCACAAAUUGACUGUCUUCCUGAGAAUGUCUAAGUGUUUGAGUGAAUGUGUUUGAAGCAGGCGUAAUGUACCGACUUAAUUCAGAUUCACUUCUGUCACAGGUACUGUGCGUGUGCGUGGGUGGGUGUGUUUACCAGCUCUAAUGGUAGCAGCUAGAAAAGGUCACCUGUGACAGGAACCCACCGCCUCACCAUGACAGAGGUCCAGGUAAGAGGAGGAUCUAGAGUACGAAUACACAAUACAACAUGUCUGCUGAGUGUGUUAUUUUAGAAUGAGCGAUCUGCCUGUGUUUCCUUAGACUCCAUGGCCACAGGGCACAGAGUGUGUGGCCAGGUACAACUUCAAAGGCACAUCAGAGCAGGACCUGCCCUUCAGCAAAGGAGACGUGUUGACAAUUAUUAUUGUCACAAAGGUAAGGUAUCACACGCUUCAUUUCUGGAUCCCUGGCACUCUUUGUUUGUGGACCCUGAAACUGAAGACUGUUUGUGAACAGGAAGUUGUGCCUCCAUCUCCUCCUUUUGAAAGAAUGAAGCCAAAAUAGAUCUCUGUGGGUCGUAUUUAGUCAAAUAAACAAUCAAAAGUGUUAGCUGGUUUAUCGAAAUACUUAUAUUUAUAACUGUUGGUCCAAAAUGUCAGCCACUAGUGAGAGCGGUAGGCCUGGUUAGUGACCACCACUAUUAGUAAGCAAGUGCAGAUUGAUUGAUUUAUUUUUAUUUAUUCAUUUAUUUAGACAGGACAGUACCAGUUCAUGGACAAGGAGAAGAAGACAUGAUACAAGAAGUCUGUUCUCAUUGUAAACCAGCCGGAGUUAGCUAAGGCUAAUUUUCAUCCGUUGUCCUCAAACAGAAAAGCAACAAAAAACAAAAAACAAAAAACAAAACAAACAAACAAACAAAAAAAAAAAACAGGAGGAAAAAACAAACAAACAAAACAAAAAAAACAAACAGACAACAAUACAGUAGCAGACGACAAACACGACAAAUAUAAAAACAGAGGCAAAGUAGACCACUGGUGGAAGGUGCUUAGUGCAUAGAAAGUGCCCAGUGCUUUUCUGAUCAGCAUCAGAAAACAGCGAUAAAGUUGUGAGUAUCAUCCGGUUAUUCUCAGAGAGAGCAACAUUUAACCAGCAAAGACAAGAUGCUACUCUGGCUGGUGCUGUUCGGCAUUGUCCUUGUUACCCAACAUGGCGUUUUUUACCUGCAGGUUUUGUGAUCUGUGUUCAACCGUGUGCUCACCUCUGAGUGUUUUCUGACCUUCAGUUAGUCAUUCAUAAAAUGUCUCCUUUAUUUUUGGAAACAAGGUGUGUGCAGAAAUGAUGUGGCUGGUGUAUCUUUGAGAUUGGCAUCCCACCUCUUCCGCUAACAAAAACACAUAUCUUAACUGACUGAAAAAAACAUCAAAGACCCCUCAGGUUAUUACAGCCCACACCAGAACAGAUGUUUUUGUUGAUCUGAAGCAAACGCUCAUCACAACGGAAAGUUUAAUGUGUUUUCGUCAUCCGUCCUUUGAUCUGGUAAACAGGGCCUGCAUUUGUCCACAGAGCUGUCAAUCAUAAUGUCACAAACCCUCAUUUUAGCCUUGAAAAACUGAUUGAAGCUAAACUUUUGCAAAAAUAAGCAUCAUUUUAAACCAGCCAGUGACCGGUGGGAACUGCAAUGUUUUGGAUUUGUUUUCAGAGUACGGGUGUGCUAUCCAUCUUCUUAUACAGUUAGUGAUUAGAGAAAACAACCCACAUAUAAUAAUUUAAUGAAUAUACAACUUAAGGAGGAUAACUUUUCAUUUUUCUUCUGUGUUUUAGGAUCCAAACUGGUACAGAGCUAAAAAUGCUGCAGGUCGCGAGGGAACAAUUCCUGCCAACUAUGUUCAGAAAAGGGAGGGUGUGAGACAAGGAGGCAAGCUGAGCCUUAUGCCGUAAGUAUAAAGUUUAAUGAGCCUCACAUCCUACUGUAGUCUUAUACUUAAGUCAAUGAAAAGAUUUAUCCAUCUGCUGACUAAAUCUAAGUUGCCUUCACACCAGCUUUGUGGCCAACUGCUAAAAUAGCCUGUGUUUUCCCUCUUCUCGUGGCUCUCAUGGUUCCUAAGUGCACACAGCUUAUUUGUUGUGGCUGUGACGCUUCAGUUAUGUGAAUGGCGACCACAGUUGGGUCGGGCUGUUUUGUAAUUGCAGAGCACUUGUGUCGGUUUCCAGCUCAACUUUGCGUGAACGCUGCAGUUUCCUGUUGUUUCUUUUUCUGUCUGAGACAGACUGAAGUAAUCUGUAAAAUCUCCCCGUUUGUCCGCAUGACAGAUUUCCGUGUGCAGGUAUGUUUCGGCACAUGAAUGAACGGUUUAUUUAUAGAGACUUUGAUAACAGAAUUCUGCUUCAAACUGCUGGUGAUAAAAAGCACCUUCAAAACAUUGUAAAACAAACUGUUAGUGCGCUACUUGAGCUACUCUUUUGUCAAUCAACCUGAAUUUAACACAAGUCAGUAUGAAGUGUGUAUGCUUGUUGUUAAAGGUUAAUAGUAAGGCAACUUCUGACUUUGAACCGCCCUCUUCCUUGCUUGUAUCUCUGUGGAAAUUAAAACGAUCGCAGCUUUUCAACGAGGUUUUCUGAGCAGUAAGUGUCUUCAUGGAGCCACAUGCAAAUAAAUUAACUGUACAUUCUGUGACCCUCUUUAUAAUAUAAAUAGCUACAGUAGAUAAGCAAAUCACCAUAAUCUAUUCCCCUGGAUCUCAAGAACAGUGUUUGUAUUAUUUGCAUUAUGAGCUCAUUUAAGGGUAAUUACAACAUGAUGAAGUGCUGAAUAAGGGUAGAUAAACUCCAAGUUAGUGGCUAAUGGAAAACAAUCACUAACACAGGACCAAAAUAGAUCUCAACAGUAGCCCCUGUGUAGCUGGAAGAAGCUGGUAUGGUGUUUCAUUCAUAAAAAAGUGAACAGAAACCCUACUUAAAAGUGCUCACACGCAACAAACCAGCCCCCACUGCGGAAAAAAGUUGAUUUAUAAAUAGCAGUUGAAAAAAAAAACGAUGUAGACCUACUCAUUGCACAACAACAAAGAGAAAGAAAGGAAAGACCAGUUUUAUUAUUACACUAGUUGGAGAAAGAGCCCCCUUUAUAGUGAAGAAAUCAAAAGUAAUACAGUAUGACUUACUGAUCCUACUGCAGAUUAUCAUUUAUCAAAUUAUUAGAGUGUAACAGCAGUUUUAAGGGGAGUUGAUCCAACUUGAAAGACAAUUUUGAGGCUGUAGUUUUUCUUGCUAUUGAGGUGUUUAAGAUACUUAGAGCACCAUCACUGACAUAGUAUUUUGCAGGAUAAGACAUUCUGACUUCACAGUACAAUAACUGUAAAGUCACCAUGAAUUAAAGCCAAGUAAGUGAUGCAGACAGAAUGACAGUUGUAGACACGGUCAGGGAAGAUGUACGAGUGUUGUACUUGUACGAGUUUUCAGUCACUUUAGUCUGACAGAGUUGUGGUUCUCUCUCUGGUUCUUCACUCACAGAUGGUUUCAUGGAAAGAUAACUCGGGACCAGGCAGAGCGCUUGCUGAACCCCCCUGAAACAGGCCUCUUCUUGGUGCGGGAGAGCACCAACUUCCCCGGCGACUACACCCUAUGUGUGAGCUGUGAAGGCAAAGUAGAGCACUACCGCAUCAUCUACAACAACGGCAAGCUGACUAUCGAUGACGAGGCCUUCUUUGAAAACCUCAUGCAGCUGGUUGAGGUGAGACAUAAAAUAAGUUUGACUUUUAUAAAAAGUAGUUUCAGUUGGUGCUAAACUGAGCUUGUGUCUACUGUAUAUAAGAUGUAGUUUCCUGUUUUAGAGUUAAUUUGUCUCUCAACCACCUCAUAGACUGCUUACAGUUCCUGGAACAAAUAAUGAACAGGAAGUGUCAAAGAGGAAGAGUGAGCAGUCUGCUGAAGUUCAGAGUUCUUAACCUCAAAGAGACACUGUGACUUUUACUCUCAAAAACUCUCUUUUUCAUUUUUCAUGUACAAAAUGUCAAAUACGAGCUCACUCAAAACUCAUGGGAACAAAACAGGAGAGAAAGUUUAAGUUCUGAGUGACCUAUUUAAGGCCAAACCUCCUCAGUUAUUCAUUUAAUCCUUUGCAUAUUUGAAUAUACUGCCCUCUUUUGGUGAUAUUGAGGUGCUGCUUGUGUAGUUUUUUGCCUCUCUUUUAUUGUAUACUUACAUACUUAAUUUAAAUAAUAUGAGCACCAAAGAUAAGGGUGAAGCUUUUGUUUUAUUUGCAGCACUAUACCAAAGAUGCAGACGGUCUGUGUACCAAACUAAUACAGCCAAAGGUGGAGGAGGGGACUGUGGCAGCUCAGGAUGAGUUUUCCAGGGGUGUGUAAUCCUUUUCAAUCAAUGCGUCUUUAUCACUUUGGCUUUUGUGUUUCUGUCUGUUAUGUUUAAGCUUUUCCUCUUUCAAUGGCCUACAGGUGGAUGGUCCAUGAACAGAAAGGACCUUAAGCUGCAGCAGGUUAUCGGAAAGGGAGAGUUUGGAGGUAAGCAGCUUCACAUUUACAGUCAUAACUCUCAAUCUACUUUGCAAGUAAGAUGGGGUCCUGUUAUUAACAUUGAGUACAUGAGGCAAAGAUCAGACAUAUACUGUAUGUGAGCUUUUAAAUGUGGAAAACAAAGAAGUUGGCAAUUAAAAAAGGCAAAAUGUCAGUAUUUACUCAUUUAAAAAAAAAAAAUCGUUGUUGUUCUGCUUAAAAGCAUUUUUAAUAUUAACUAUUCAGAUAUAAGAACAUUGUUUGAUAUUUCUUCAUACCGUGUAUGGUUUCAGUAAAGUUUUGCUAUUUUAGGAUCAGGAAGUAGGUUAGAUAUUAAUGGAAAAUAUUUAACAGGAGAUAGCUGAACCUCAACACGCCUGGUGUAUUUACUCAUGAAUUUGUGUUUAUUUCUGGUCAGGCUGUUUUUUCAUUAAUCAUUAACAACUCAAUGUUAUUUGUUCAUCAUUACAGAUGUGAUGGUGGGAGACUACAGAGGGACCAAAGUAGCUGUGAAGUGUAUAAAACAUGACGCCACAGCUCAGGCCUUUAUCGCAGAGGCUUCUGUCAUGACGUAAGGAAACCUACACCCUCUGCCCCGGAGGAAUUUUCUCCUGAAAAAUACUUCACAAGAGAUAAUUCACUCAAUCAACAUUUGUCUGUGCUGCUCUUUCCUAAGGCAACUACGACACAACAACCUGGUGCAGCUUCUUGGAGUGAUUGUAGAGGAGAACGGCAGUCUGUUUAUAGUAACUGAGUACAUGGCCAAGGUAGGUGGUAAUCCGUCCGCCUGGUUCUUUAGCAGCCAGAGUACUGUUACAAAGAGGUCUUAUAUUUGUUUGUGUUUUUCAGGGCUGUUUGGUCGACUACUUAAGAUCCAGAGGUCGGACAGUACUUGGGGGGGAUGCUCUCCUACAUUUUGCACUGUGAGUUGACAUGAAUCAACAACAAAUCCACAUAUAUAUCAUAUCAAGAGUAGACUAUGGAGUGCUACACCACUGUGGGUGCUGUGGAGCAUGUUUGGAUACUUUUAGUGGGCCUCUAAUGUAUUUAAACUUGCAAAUGACAUGAAAUCACAGUUUGUACUCGCUGCUAGAUAGAUCUUGUAUUUUUAAACAUGUACCAAAACAUAUAUUUAUUGCAGUAUCCUGACUGCCUUCACUUAGUAUCUUGAAGCAAAAAUCUCACCUGAAUCUUACAUUAGUGCAAAUGUUUAAAAUGGUCAAAACUGUUUAAGAUGAACAUUUUUGUGGAAAAGGUGCAUUUUAAUAGCAGCAGUCAUGAGCAGUAAGGACAGUGAGAUACCAUCAUGUCGAAAAAAAGGAGAAAGCUUUGCUGAAGGUGUAGGAAGUUGAAAAUGCAUGUAUUUAAAAAAAAAAAGAAAAAAUCUUUGCAGUGUCUUUACUUCUCCUUUACAGUGAUGUCUGUGAAGCCAUGGCGUACCUGGAGGCCAAUAACUUUGUCCACAGAGACUUAGCCGCCCGCAAUGUUCUUGUGUCAGAUGACAACAUCGCCAAAGUCAGUGACUUUGGGCUGACCAAGGAGGCUUCCUCCACUCAGGACACAGCUAAGCUCCCUGUAAAGUGGACAUCUCCAGAGGCUCUCAGAGAAAAGGUGCAGUGAAGUUAAUAUGUUGAGUGAUUAUGUACUUUCCGCUAAAUUAAGUAAUUAUCUGACAAGUAUGUUUUUUUUAAUCAACAGAAAUUUUCCACAAAAUCAGACGUUUGGAGCUACGGUAUAUUGCUUUGGGAAAUUUACUCUUUUGGUCGAGUGCCUUACCCGAGAAUUGUGAGUAUCAAAUUCUUUUUGGAAAGAGGCAAACUGGGAGUUUUCAAUAUAGCUUCAGAGGGAGGUCAGACAGUUAUGAAUCUCCACUCUGGAGUAAUUCUUUCAACAGUUUAUUGGGGGUACAACUUUGGUAUAGCUUGUGGCUUUUAUGGGAAAUAGCAGUGUAGAAUUUGUAUUUCAUUACAACUAGUAUUCUUCCAAACAAUGUAACCUGAUGAAGUGAAACAAAAUUGCACUGACCUGAACCAAAAUUUUAAACACAGUUUGUCUAAUAUAAUCCUUAAUGUGUCCUGACUUUUUCCAUGAACAACUUUUGUCUUUUCUGUCCUGAAGCCUUUAAAAGACGUCGUGCCCAGGGUGGAGAAAGGAUACAAAAUGGACUGUCCAGAUGGCUGUCCUGAAGUGGUGUAUAAUAUCAUGAAACAGUGCUGGAACCUGGAUCCUGCUGCUCGGCCAAGUUUUCAGAUGUUAAAGGAGUGGCUACAACAUAUUAUCCAAGGGAUGGGAAAAAGGCAAUGAGAGAUCUGAGUGGAACAGACACAAAAACUGACUUUCCUCCCCCUUCAUUCAGACCACUUGGACACAACCUGUACAACAUGGGAUAAAAAUUCAGAUUGCAAACCUUUUUUUGUCAGUUCUCGAUAAAAUGUUAUGUGCUGUCCUAAAAAAGUCCUCGAAACACAGUGCUGCCUCAGAGCCACAGUGCCUUGACCCUUUUUUAAAAGUUUUUAAAAAGGUUUUACAUCCUUUACAUGAUUUCUGCGGCCGUUUUAGUUGGCAUCAUUUCAUUUGAAAUCCACUGUAUCUGUUAAAGGAAAAGAAAUGCUUCCUCAGUAGAAAUACAUAUUUGAUACAUAAUUUCUGGCUGUUUUAAUCUUGACUGUUUCCAGGUACACCAUUGUGCAUGAGUCUUGAAUUAUUUCGUUUAAACAACUAAGUUAAAAUGUUUUUAAUUAUGCAGCUUUAUUUUUUAAUUGUUUUAUAAUUUUAAAUGUUACAUGCCUACUUUUUUUAUUCCUCCGUAAGUCAAAAAAGCACAAGUUUGGACAAAUGUCGCCUUAACUACUGAUAAUAUUAACAUACCAUCCUGGACAUACAUGGAGUAAUUACAUGGCCAGAAUAUUCCAACACCAAUAAAUGUUAAAUUUGGGAAUGUUUGGCUUUGACUAAGCUGUUUGGAUUUUGUAUGUGAUGAGGAAAAGAGAAUGUUUUUAAAUUUAUUACGUUCAUGUUUUCAACAAAUAAUAAAAAAGAAAAAAAAUCCUGUUUCGUCACAGAA